CUGCCACCUGCAGUUAACCGGCUGCUGACAACUGAAAACCACACGUUGGUCAGACAAGUGUCUGUCACGCUGCCACAUGUGGACAUGUGUACCUACCAAAUGUGAGGGAUCAAAAUAAGAAAGGUCACCGUUGAAGACCAAGCUGCAGUCCAGGUCCCGCGGUCCCCGACUUCACUUGAGUAGAACACCUGCAUGAUGAGUCCUCAAGAGUCUGAUCUAAUUCACUCUGUCACACGUUUCCCAGAGGACCAUUUAUCCCAGACGCCAGGGUCAGGAAUUUCCCAACUCAAUGAUCACGACAGUAUUCAAGGUUUGUGGUCAGGUGAGUGAAAAUUGUGAGUCAGUUUUGGGAACUGUGUUUCGUCUGAACGGCCUGAUUGUUUACUUUAUCGCCAGAAACAGUUACACAGUCUGUUUAUUUUGAGUGGACCAAAGUUCACAGUUCCUUCAGCAUUGGGAAACAAUGUCAGUGAUGAUGAAAAAAAAGUCUGGACUCCAGAGGCAGAGUUCCAGCAACAAGCGCAGGAAGAGGUCGACAGCAUGUUCUCUUAGUUAGUUUUCUUUCCGGUGAGUGAGUUUCAAAGGAACAUGUGUAGAAACAAACCUGUUGUUGUUCAUGUUCAUUAAAGGGUGUCUAUAGAUCAGUGGAGACUCUCUGCAGUUCUAGUACAAAGCAAGAACAGUAGCCGCUGUAUCCACAUGAGAGGAUAAGAACAAUUUUACUUUGUAUAUCUUAGACCUUUAUUGUUUAGUACUUAGUAUUUUAUUGUAAAUGUAUUUGUCUGCACUGCAUUGUACUGUAUAUUUCAAAAACAAAGCAGUUCACCUCGCCCUGUACAGUGUAUAUUGUGUGAUAAAUGUACAUCUUGAAUCCUGAAAACAAUGGCAGCAGUAGGUGCAUAGACCAAACCUACCCAUCAUCCAUAACUAUGUUUCGCUCUGAGAGCAGCGUUUCCAUUGGAGAGCUCCACACCCAAGUAUCAAAUAACAUGCACACUGCCUUAGUAAGUUCGAGAGUCAAAAUCCUGCUCUUACACUUCCGUGAGAUUUGAACACAAAUGGUUUGGGCUCCCUCUCCCCCUCCCCUCCUCGCUGUUAUAUAGUUCUUGGAAGCGUCAGGUUGUUGAUGUUACCCUGGAAACAACCAGCAGAGGGCGCCCUGCUCCUUCUCCCACACGCACAUGUUCUUCGACAGCAGAAGCGACGUUUGAAACUCCUCCACUUUGGACUUGCCCAACAGACCGAGGUCAUGUCGCUGUGUUCUUUGCAGUGCAGUAUCAUGGUGUUGCUGCUCUUCUGCCGCUGCUCCACUGCUGCAGCACUGGAGUCACCUGUGAGCGACGUUCUCCCGCACCUCACUGGCUGCGUGUCCAACAACAUGGAGACUUUCCGCUGUAGAUGGAAUGUUGGCUCCUAUGAAAGUCACUCGGAGCCUGCAGACCUCCGUUUAUUCUAUUUAAACAUCAUAUCUCCACAUACUGCUCGAACCAACUGGACGGAGUGUCCUCACUACAGCACCGAUCAGCCCCAUGAAUGCUUCUUCAAUGAAAACCACACUUCCAUUUGGACGCAUUACAGAGUCCAGCUGCGCUCAGGAGACCAGGCGGUCCUGUAUGAUGAGACACUCUUCCAUGUUGAAGACAUUGUCCAACCAGAACCACCCAUCGCUCUCAACUGGACCCUGCUGAACAUGAGCUUGACAAGCAACUACUUCGACAUCAUCGUCAGCUGGAAGCCCCCUCCGUCUUGUGAUGUGGCCACGGGCUGGAUAACUUUACAGUACGAGGUCCAGUAUCGAAACAUCAACUCCGGCUCGUGGCAAGCGGGGGCGCUGGCGAAAAGCACUCAUCAGUCUGUGUUUGGUCUACAGACCAAUGUUGAUCAUGAAAUUCGGAUUCGAUGUAAAAUGCUUGGUGCAAAGGAAUUUGGAGACUUCAGUGACUCCAUAGUGGUUCACGUCCCAACGCAGGUGUCCAAAUUUCCAGUGCUGGCUCUGCUCGUUGUUGGGAGUUUCUGUCUGAUAGCCGUCCUCAUGUUGAUCAUCAUCUCACAGCAGGAAAAGUUGAUGUUUCUUCUCUUGCCUCCUGUUCCCGGGCCCAAGAUUCAUGGGAUCGAUUCGCAUCUACUCAAGAAGGGGAACCUGAGAGAGCUGAACAGCAUCAUGCAUGCUCCAGCAUACCCGGGGCCAGAGCUGGAAAAUGACCCCUGGGUGGAAUUCAUUGAUGUCGAUUUGGAAGACAGUUGUGCAAACCUUUAUGCCGAUUGCAUUGUAGAUUCAUCGCUGAGCGUCCGAGACAAUGACUCAGGUCAGGUCAGUGGCUGUGACCUUGACGCCCACAGUGGCCGCUCCCAUCUUGCCGUCCUUAACUCUGUCCUGUGUGAGGGUGUGCCGACGUCUGUGGUCCUUGAGCAGCGUGAGCAAACAUCAGAAGUGCCCCCUGGAGACGGGGAGCGGGAGCUGCUGUACGCUCAGGUGAAAGAGGUGAAGGCUUCAGGAAAAGUGCUGCUGAUGCCAGAAGAAGAACCUGAGAAGGACACCAUAAGCCAUGACAGCAAGCAAGCGACUUCAUUGGAAGGUGGUCAAAGACAAGACCCUCCGCCGCUCUACACCACAGUGGAGAGCAUUCAAGGGCAAACCAGUGUCCUGCUAGCAGCAAGUCCCUCUCCACCACCACUGUCGAUGAACCCAAAACACAUUUUAUUGCCUGACUGUUACUUGACCCCGGAGCUUUUGGGAAGCAUCACACCAUAGGAGGCUGAUGGACUGGCCCAGUUUUCUACACAUUUUUAUGCAUGAGCUGCAACUAUUAUGUGCUACCGUGCCUACCCUAAAAGACAUUUUUCGAUCAUGGAGACAGUGUUAUUAAAUGCAUAUUCUUGUUCUGUUAAGCACUGUCAAUCGUACUGAGUGUCUUUGUUUGGAAUAAAUGUGAUUUGUUCAUGUGCUAUAUUCCAUGUUUAAUCCGAGUCUUCAGUGUUAUAGUCAAUGCGUGUGUAUUACGCUCACAAAUAUGUGAGAAUAAUUUAAAGGUUGCUGGGAUUAUUAUUAUUUACCCAAGUGAAGACUUUGUACUUUUAAAAUAAUAAACAAUUUAUAAUAAAGUGUUGCUUGUUAAGUACUUGCUAUGUAUUCUAAAGCAUUUUGGCUACUUUCAGAUUAGGGAUUAUAUGUUAACGAAAAUGAACUACUUUUUUUAGUUACUACUGUUUAUUUGAAGUAUGUUAGCCAGUUAUUACUCAUUGUAAAGUACACGAUAAUGUGUUAAGUCUGGUUAGCUUU